ACAGGAGGGGUUAACCUGCAUUAAAUGCACACUGAUGACGUUGAAGAUGUCUAGAGAUUCGCACAGUUGGACGUCCAAUAAAAAUGUGGUGUGGUGUCUGAAGGUGUUUAAGGCAGGUUGGCAGGCUACAUGCAGACUGUGCUGUGAGCGAACAUAUCCUACCUACCACGUUGUGUCUCAUCUCACAAGCCAGGAGCGCCUCUCCUCCGUCCUCGGAAAAAACUCUGUCGAAUGUCAGAGAACAGCUGGGAGCUUAACAUUUCAGAAGUCUGGCGGUUUCAAAAGUCUCGUCUCCCUGCUCACAGAGUGACUGUUGUGUUCAGCCAAACGGAACGCUGCGCUUCAACAACUUAACAACUUUUAAAGUGGGGAAUACAGCAGUGCAACAACGUGGAAGGAAUUUCUCAUAGAUGUCCACUCAAUUGGAAAGAGGCCUACAGCUAGAGACGACCAAGCUUAAUGCUCUGAAACUCCAAUUCGAUGAGGAGAUUGAUGUGGAAAGUCUCGACGGAUGCCUGCCCGAGGAGCGGCACGGUGGCGCGGAGAAAGGAGCGAAGGUGGUCACGGAACAGCAUCCGCCGCAGACGCCGCGCAAGGCGACCCGGAGCCCCAAAUGCGCCCGCUGUCGGAACCACGGCGUCGUGUCUUGUCUCAAAGGCCACAAGCGCUUCUGUCGCUGGCGUGACUGCCAGUGCGCGAACUGUGUGCUCGUGGUGGAGCGGCAGCGGGUGAUGGCUGCGCAAGUCGCCCUGCGGAGACAACAGGCGACAGAGGGUAAAAAAGGGGUCAGAGGAACAGCCGCACCAUUACCUCGCACAGCGUAUCAACGCUACACCAGAGCACCUAGCAUCCUAGCUAAGAGUAUCUUAGAGGGCUACAAACCCCCAGUGAAUGAGGACGGACCCUGGUCCAAGCGAGGUCACUUCUCCGCGGUCAGUGCCCGGAUGAGGAAGAGGAGGGCGUUUGCUGAUAAGGAGCUGGAGAGUGUGAUGCUGGAGAGGGAGCUGAGACAGAGAGAGCUGGAGGACCUAUCAGGUCCCACCCUGCUUCAGCACCCUGCCCUGGCAGGGCUGCCCUCUUCCCCCCACCACUGCUGCUCACAGAAGGACCCCGGGGUGGCCACCUACGUGCCUGUGCACAAAUACAAACCGGGCCCUGUGCUGUAUGAGUGUGACUUCCACUGCUACCAGGAAGAGGUCAAGGCCCGAUCCACAGCAGAGAGCAGUUAUGGUUACGGUCAGUUCAUGUCACAGUGUAACUCUAACUCUGUAAUUCUGGAACAAAUGGAGCAAGCCAGGGAGAGAGCACUAGAGAGCUGGAAGUGUUCCAGGAAGAGGGAGACCUGUCAAGAGCCGUCACUCCUGCCCUCACUACAACUCCAACAGAGUGGGAGUAGUUAUUCUGAAGGCUCAGCUGAUCUGGACAGGGAUAAGGCCACGCCAAAAAGGGUAAAAGACGAUCCAACGGCUCCAACAGCUCCAAAGUUCGGCAUGCCAAAAACAGCCCUCACACACUCUGACUCUCCCUCUGAGCCUAAGCAUGUGUUUCAGAGAGAGGAACAACCCUAUAGGCACAGCAGGGUCUUAGAACCUCACCUCCUCCCACCCAAGGACUGGUCAGCAGGGGGGACUAGGCAUCAUGACAGGCCUCAGAUCAACUCAGUGAAACCCACAGAGGUGAGGCAGCCAUUACCGUUCUCAGUGGAGUCACUGCUGAGGGCUUGAAGAACUCUUGGUAAUAAUCGUUAGCUAGCAAGAAAUAGAGGUGUCUAUGCUAUAUCUAAAACAGUGGAAUGUAGGUGUUACAAAUAUUUUGGUAGCACUUACUGUAAGUGUGCCAAUAUUGUUUUUCAGAAGUGCAUUUUCUAUAUCAACACUGGUUGUAAAAUUUGUAACUAGUGGAAUAUUUAUACCCCAAUCUAUUUUGAAAUGUUAUACAUUUGUUAGUUAGUUUUAUAAAUUGCUCAGCAUUUUUCAAAGGAUUGUAAGAUAUUGUAUUUUGAAAGCAAUAAACUAGACAUGUAUCUACAAUGUAA